GAUCCCAAAACAAAUACUCCGACCCGGAACCCGACUCUGGUGCUGAACAAAUUUGUGGCAGCCAUUUCUCUGUUCUCUUUGUAGAGGAUUUUGUGAUUCUGGUUGUUCUUCAUCUUGCGAUUUGCGACCCUCGUCAUCAGGUUCUUGAAGUUGACCAGUGAUGGGAAAUAGGCCAGCAAAGCCGGAGAGAGAUGAGGUGCUUUUGAAGAUUGUGCCUCCUCUAGAUCAAGCAUACGUUAGAUGGCUUGCUCGUGAUCUCGAGAGAAUUCAUGGCUUCACUCCAAGAAACCCUCGUGCUGUAAGGCCACCCGAUCAUUACAUAGAAUACAUGCGUUUACAGGGAUGGUUGGAUGUCAGCUUAGAUGACCCCGACCUUGCUCAUCUACUUAAAUAGUGAAGUAUAUCAACUGCAAUACUCUUAAGAACAUGUAUAAACUUCAAAUUGAUGUUUAGUUUUCUGUACUGGUACAUUGAGAUUCAGAUCCUGUGUAUGAUUUUAUGAAAUGGAAAUCUUGUGAAAUAUCACUUGUUUGCUUGAGCU